AUGCCCGGCGGUAACGAGCGUACCCCCCUCCUCGACAAGAAGGGCGGCUGCUGUGGUGGCUCCAAGAACGGAAAGUGCUGCGGCGGCUCCUCCGCUCUCGCCCCCGCCGCCGUCCCUCUGAACCGCAACAACAGGACCGGCAACUCGAACGGUGGCGAGCCCGUCUGGGGCAUUGAGCGCGUCAGCUCGCACUCGUCUAUGCGCUCUGCUGGUCGUGAGGAGCGCCGAAACCGUGUCGACGCCCUCCUCAACGACGAGGAGCCCCUCGUUUCGAAGUGUGGUGCUGAUGGUGGCCAGUGCUGCAAGGACCUCAAGGGCGAGGAUGAGCGUCACCUUAUCUCUCCCGAGAUCGUUCGUGACAUUAUUAUCGGUCUGUCCGACGGUCUCACCGUUCCCUUCGCUCUGACGGCUGGUCUGUCUUCGCUCGGAAACUCGUCUCUCGUCGUCACUGGUGGCUUCGCCGAGCUUUGCGCCGGCGCCAUCUCCAUGGGUCUCGGAGGAUUCCUCGCCUCGCAGGCCGAGCUCGACCACUUCCACUACCUCCGCAAGCAGACUCACGCCCGUGUUCUCCGUUCGUGUGACGGCGAGAUGGAGCGUGAGGUUCACGCCAUCCUUGGCCCUCUCGGUGUCAAGGAGACCCUUUCGCGUCUUGUCGCCGAGGACCUCCGUGAGGUCGAGGACGACGCGUGUCUCGCUAUCGAGUCUGCCGAGGCCAAUGGCUCCAAGGCCGAGGACCCCAACGUCGGUCUGACCGCCUUCCUCCUCAAGUUUGGCGAGGGCAUGGAGGAGGUUCCCGUCUCGCGUCUCUGGGUUUCUGCCCUCACCAUCGGUCUCUCCUACUUCUUCGGUGGUCUCAUCCCCCUCAUCCCCUACAUGCUCACUGACAACGCCGAGACCGGUCUCAUCUGGUCCGUCAUCGUCACCGGCAUUGUCCUCUUCUUCUUCGGAGGAGCCAAGACCUACUUCACGGGCGCGACUGGCGGUUACGGCGGCUACCUCUGGGGUGCCAUCAGCAUGGUCAUUGUCGGUGGUAUCGCCGCCGGCGCUGCCUUUGGCCUCGUCAAGCUCAUGGGUAUCGAGGAGUAA